AAGAGGUGAGAUGUCGGUUCUCCUCAACAUCAGCUUCCGCUUCGCCUCUCCAUCCUCACUUCCAUCUCUCCGAGGCGCUUCUCCUUUGGGCGGUGCAUGGAAGUUCCUAAAGCUCGCAGCCAGGCCAUGGCUGGCCAACAGCUGGGAGGGCUGCGACUGUGCCCCAAGAACCAGCUGCAGCAGCAGGAGAGGAAGCUAGUUAGACCUCACCCAGAACAGGCCCUCGAAUGCCCCCGCUGUGCCUCCACCAACACCAAGUUCUGCUACUACAACAACUACAGCCUCUCCCAACCCAGAUACUUCUGCAAGGGCUGCAGGAGGUAUUGGACUCAGGGAGGCUCCCUUAGGAACGUUCCCGUCGGAGGUGGCUGCAGGAAGAACAAAAGAUCCACCGCUUCCUCUAAGAAGGCACAAGACACUGAUCCCGUCGCCGCCGACUCCACAAACGAUCAUCCACUCCCCCCUCCCUUCUUUCCUCCACCACUUCUCCAUGACCUCACCUUGGCCUUCGAUGGCCAUGGCUUUCUCCCGGACCAUGUACUUAACCUCGACAUUUGUGGCUCUGUCGACACCGUGAACCCAAGUGGCUCGAACGACCUUUGCUAUGGCCUCGGUGGUGUCGCCGGGGAAGAUGGACUCGUGCGCUUUGAGGGAGGAGGACUGGGAGAUGCAACAGACAGAGCAGUGGCCGGCCGUAAGGACAUGGACGAAGGGGAGACCAAAGCUUCGAUGGGCCUUCCAUGGGCUGGUGUUGGUUCUUCUUGGUAUGGACUCAUCAGUAGCUCCACCACCACCACCACCACCCUCGGAGACGCCUAUGCUUUCUUCUGAGGCUACUGCUGCCUGUGUUCUCGGUUCCUUCAUCGUAUUCCGCCUUCUUUUCCCCUGCUGUUUACUACACAUAUUGUGGAGUGGGUGAUGAUGACUCCAUGAUUACACAGUAAGAUUAGGGUUCAAAGGGAGGGAUGUGGUGACUGCAUUAGUUUGUAUGGCUGUGUCUGCACGGGGAAGCAGAAGGAGACGCUGCGAGAUAGAAUAAUUUCGACAACGAAAUCUUAGUUCAGAUACGGAGGAUUUAUUA